CCACCACCCUCUUAUCCCUCUCAAAUAGUUUUCUGGCGGCUACAAUGCGAUCACCCGUCGCUGUCACGCCCGAGAAGCCGGCCAAGAGCGUCCUGGCAGCCGCGCCGCAGGAAGAGGAGGAUGCGAAGAGCUUCGUUGCAUCCGACCAUGACCGCUUUUUCUGGACAUACACCGAGGAGCCGCACCGGACGAGGCGUAUGGCUAUAAUCAAGGCCCACCCCGAGGUUACGAAACUAUGUGGUCCCGAGCCUCUGACUAAGUACCUUGUUGUCUUCGUCGUUUCCCUUCAGGUACUCUGCGGGUUCCUUCUUCGAGACACGCCCAUUAUAUCAUGGCCAUUCUUCCUCACAGCAUACGUCAUCGGAGCUACAGCGAACCAGAAUCUCUUCCUCGCGAUCCAUGAAAUAUCACACAACCUGGCGUUCCGGAGUCCACUCGCAAAUAGGGUGUUUGCGGUAUUCGCAAAUCUGCCAAUUGGCAUACCUUAUAGUGCAUCAUUCAGGCCUUAUCACCUCACACAUCACAAAUCUCUUGGCGUUGACGGCCUCGAUACCGAUCUCCCUACUCCUCUGGAAGCCAUCUUCCUUGAUUCUGUCCUAGGGAAAGCCUUCUUCUGUACUUUCCAAAUCCUUUUCUAUGCUAUCCGCCCCAUGUUUGUUUAUAAUCUCCCUAUCACGAAGACCCACCUGUUCAACAUUGCCGCCCAAUUUGCUUUUGACUAUGCGUUGGUCAAGUUUUUCGGGGGGCAUGCAUUAGCAUACAUGAUCAUGAGUUCCUUCUUGGCAGGAUCCCUACAUCCCUGUGCUGCUCAUUUCAUCGCCGAGCACUAUGUCUUCGAGAAGCAACCCGCCGCAGCAAGAGACCCAUCCAACAAGGUCCCUCUUCCAGAGACCUUUUCCUACUACGGACCACUGAAUAUCCUAACAUACAAUGUUGGCCUCCAUAAUGAGCACCACGACUUUCCUGCUGUGCCCUGGACAAGACUACACGCGCUUAAUCGCAUUGCACAUGAGUUUUACGAUGAGCUACCAGCUCAUAAGAGCUGGGUAUAUGUGAUUUGGCAAUUCAUCUGGGACAAGGACGUUAGUCUGUGGUGUCGCGUUAAGAGGAGCGAAGGUGGGCGGAGGGUCGGUGGAGGCGGUGGCUGGAAUGAGGAAGAGCUGGGUGCGAAUGAGAAGAAGGGUCCCAUUCCCGGAGUUAGAUAGACGGAAAAUUGUG